CUAGCCCCGACUUCGAACUUCCAACUUCGGAGGCCCCGUUACUCGUUAGUACCAAUUCAUCGACGAGACCGUGAACUACUGUCAGACCGUCUCCAACCUAUCAACAAAACCUAAUUAUUAUUACAAAACUGAGCGCAAUAUUCGGAAUUUCCAAAUUUAAUUAGUUAAUACUUAAAUUAUAGGUACAUCAUAAAUUAAUUAGCCGUACAUCGUCGUGUUAAGUUCACUCAAAUGUUGUGUGUGCCAGUUAGAAGUAUACUGGCUUUCCAGUCUAGAACAGUUUGUUGUGUUGCUAUAAAAUCGAAUGGCUUAAUUUAUCCAAACAAUACAAACUUCACAAUUGCUAAACGUCAUGCUGUCACAGACUUUGUUGGUGUUAAUACUAAAAGUAAGAUUUCUGAUUUUAUCAACAGAUUUCAAAUAAUGAAUCCAUUAAAUAAGUCUAAAUAUGAAGCAAAUAGUUGGAUUUUAUAUGAAAAAUUGGUGGACCAAAUUCCUUUUGAUCAAAUCAUGAUAAAACUUGAUUUGCCGGAUACAUUUAAUUCUUGGUUUAUUAUAACAGAACUACACUUAUGGAUGAUAUUUGUUCGUUUUAUGCAUGAAGGUACCCAAGGAACAAUGAUAAGAAAUUUUAUCAUGGAAGCAUUAUGGAAUGAUGUUGAGUUUCGUUCUAAGAAAUUAGCAACCGUAAAUGCAGAUGUCCGACAUCGUCAAAUAAAGGAAUUAAGUGAUCAAUUACGAGGGGCGUUAGUAGGUUAUGAUGAAGGAUGGCUCACUAAUGAUAUGGUCUUAGCCAGCAUGGUAUGGCGUAGAGUAUUCAAUAAAGAAUGUAAUGACCCAGAAAAAAUUGAAUUAGUAGUGAAAUAUAUUAGGAAACAGAUGUCCAUUCUUCAAUUGCAAACAUUUGACAGUUUAUUUACAAAAAAAGAUGUCAAGUGGAUAAAAUUUGUAUAGAAUUAUUGUAAAAAGAAAAACAGUGUUUAUUAUAUAUAAUAUUUUACCUAACAAAAUUAUAAAUUAGAUAUUUUAACGAUCAAUGAUUAAUUACGUUUA